AGGUAUCAAGAUCCAUGCAACAGAAAGAAAGAGUACAAAAGAGGCUUAAAAAAUAACAUCUUUCUUUAGUUUUUUGGCUUCUUCUCCCAAUAUCUCUUUCCUCCUCUGCCUUGGACCUGAGUCUAAGGCAGAUCGAGCUACGUAGCUCUCUGCCAUAGAUAUUCCCACAAUGGCAUUUCAAGAUUUUGAUCAGAUAACGGAACGCCGUAGAGCUGAGAGGCAGCAAAGGAUCAGGAAGAGGAUUAUGAUUGGUGCAGUUUCGGCAUUUGCCUUUGUUGUUCUUGUUGCUGGUGGAGGUUUUGCGGUAGCUUCCAACUCCAGCCAUGGUGGCACCCAACCUGCAUCUCAAACUGAUGAUCAACAACCUGCGAAGACGGGGAUUUCGCAUGUUAGUCGCGUUAUAAAAUUGGUUUGUAACUCUACAGAUUAUGAGCAACAGUGUGAGAAUACCCUUACCAAGGCCGUGAAAACAAACCCUAAUUUAUCUCAACCUAAAGACCUUCUCAAGACUACAAUAUUGGCAAUUGCGGAUGAGAUUGAAAAGGCCAUGACCAAGACCACAACGUUUAAGUUCAACACCCCAUCAGAGAAAGCAGCAUUCGAAGAUUGUAAGGUACUCGUGCAGGACGCCAUGGAGGAAUUAAAAGAGUCCGUCUCCAAAGUUGGCCGCAAUAGUUUGGGAAGCCUAUCCUCGACAACCCCCGACUUGAACAAUUGGCUGAGUGCUGUCAUGUCUUACCAACAAACAUGCAUUGAUGGUUUUCCUAAAGGAAAGUUGAAGGAUGACAUGGAAAAGGUCCUCAAUGUUUCCAAGGAACUAACCAGCAAUUCCCUCGCCAUGAUCUCAGAGCUAUCAUCGCUCCUGUCCACAUUCCAGGCACCAGGACAUAGCCGUCGCCUUUUGACACAGGAAUCUAGCUCACCGACCAUGGAUAAUGACGGAUUUCCCACCUGGAUGACCAAUGAGGACCGGAGGAUGUUGAAGGAAAAAGCUGAUAAGCCCAAACCCAAUGUAACUGUGGCAAAAGACGGUAGUGGAGACUACAAAACAAUUUCAGAGGCAUUGGCAGCCAUGCCGGAGAAAUAUGAAGGACGAUAUGUUAUCUACGUUAAAGAAGGAAUAUAUGAGGAGACUGUGACCGUAACAAAGAAGAUGGUCAAUGUCACAAUGUACGGUGAUGGAUCGCGAAAGAGCAUCAUCACUGGAAGCAAAAAUUUUGUCGAUGGAUUAACCACUUUCAAAACUGCAACUUUUGCGGCUUUAGGAGAAGGCUUUAUAGGCAAAGCAAUGGGAUUUAGAAACACUGCUGGCCCAGAAAAGCACCAGGCAGUGGCUGCAAGAGUCCAAGCAGAUCGUUCAGUUUUCAUCAACUGUCGUUUUGAAGGGUACCAAGACACCUUGUACGCACAAACCCAUCGCCAAUUCUACCGAAGCUGUGUGAUUGCUGGCACUGUUGACUUCAUUUUCGGUGAUGCAGCCGUUGUAUUCCAAAACUGCAUGAUUGUGGUGAGGAAACCUUUGCCUAACCAGCAAAACAUAGUCACAGCACAAGGAAGGACUGACAAGCGUGAAACCACGGGAAUAGUUCUGCAAAAUUGUCGCAUUUUGCCAGACAAGAAACUCGUACCUGUAAAGUCAACGAUCAGGAGUUACCUUGGGAGGCCAUGGAAGGAAUACUCAAGGACCAUCGUGAUGGAAUCAACAAUUGAAGACAUUAUUCACCCAGAUGGGUGGCUGCCAUGGGAAGGAGACUUUGCACUCAAGACCCUAUAUUAUGCAGAAUUUAACAACAAAGGACCUGGGGCCAAGGUUGAUGGCAGGGUCAAAUGGUCUGGUUACAAGGUCAUUAAAAGGCAAGAGGCAACCAAGUAUACAGUAGGGCCUUUCUUACAAGGGGGGUCUUGGAUCAAGGCAACUGGAGUUCAAGUUCACUUCGGUUUAUAUAAUUAAAGCUUUCCCAAGUACUUUCAUUCUCAUUCUACAAUGCUUUGUAAUUU